GCACCAGGCACUCUGUCAUGACCAAGAGUCAGGACGGAUCUCUUAAAGCCAGUUUUGGAACUGACAGAGCAGCUUGGAUGUCAUCUUCACUAAAGUGUCUCUCCAGCUACUUAACCCACCGUUGAUGUAAAUGACCGUGUUUCAUGUGUUUAGCUCAGCACAUUAAGAUUCUUUGUCAAGAUUUAGCUAAUUUUCAAUAGAACUGGAAGGAGCUGUUGAAGUACAUUCAAUCCAGUUGCUGUUAUCCAAAAUCAACAAGCUCCUAAAUAAUAUGAGCAGAGAGACAUCUAGUGUUUGUUGUAAGUAAUGCAUCUUUCAAAUGGAAAAAAAAAUAACCUUAUGAGAAAUUGCAUGAAACUUUUAGCCAUAUUAACCAUCUGUUUCCACUCUGUUCUUAUAGGGCUCUUUUAGUGAUGCAGCUUUUUAGGCUGUGAAAGACAGAUCUCCAAAAUGGACAACAUAACAGCCGACGCUAAUGUGGGACUCAAGCUCACGUGUAACAUGACCGGGCACCACAAUUUCAUCUUCACGUUCAUCCCAGUAGUCUAUAGCUGCAACUUUAUCAUCGGAAUUGUAGGCAACAGCUUGGUAGUCGCUGUCAUCUACUACUGUUUGAAGCUGAAGACCAUUGCAAACAUAUUUGUUUUGAACUUAGCAGUGUCAGACUUGACUUUCCUCCUCACCCUGCCUAUUUGGGCCAUAUACACUGCAACAGGCUACCACUGGCUCUUUGGAGACUUCCUAUGUAAAGCCAUUGCUGGGAUGAUCCUCCUUAAUCUAUAUACUAGUAUUUUUUUCCUCACUGCUCUCGGCAUUGACCGGUAUCUGGCCAUCGUUCAUCCAGUCAGGUCCCGCCGGUGCCGUACGGUGGUGUACGCCCGUGUGACAUGCGUCUUGGUUUGGGUAGUGGCUUUUCUUUUAAGCCUUCCCACAGCCGUUAUCCGUAGGACCCAUUUUAUCCAGCAUAACAAUGUCACUGUAUGUGGCAUCCUAGAUGGAGAAGAUCUUCGCAAUGUGCUGGCAGCUCUCAGUCUGAUAAAGAGUGUUCUUGGGUUCCUUCUGCCCAUCACCAUCAUCCUCACAUGCUACUGCCUGAUCGGUCAGUCUCUGCUCAAAGUACGGGACAUUCAGAGGAAUUCGAGAUCGAAAGGGGACGAGGUGUUGAGCAUGCUGGCUGCUGCCGUGCUGUCGUUUUUCCUUUGCUGGACACCUCAUCAGAUCUUCAACUUCAUGAACAUGCUUGUUCUGCUGAAAGUGAUCACCAACUGCGAUGUCAUUGAGAUCAUUGACACCGUAAUGCCGUUCACCAUUUGUAUUGCCUUUUUCAACAGCUGUAUGAACCCAGUCCUGUACGGUUUUGUUGGGAAGAACUUUCGCAGGAACUUGCUGAAGCUCUUGAGGUGUUCCUCGACUUCUGUGGCCUCUCACCCCACCCUCAGUACCAAGAUGAGCUCUCUCUCGUAUCAAGCCUCGGUGUCAUUCCAACUCUCCAUCAAUAAACCGUCCUCACUACCUCAAGCCACAUGAGAAAAACAGGAAGUGAAUGAAUCUCUGAUGAAUCAUCUUUCUAAACUCACUGAUUCAAUUCAGAAGAUGACUCUUGCUUAUUGUGUUGUCGCUUGAUACUGGAAUGGGAACAAAAUAUAGUGAUUCAUCUUAUCAAGUGUUAAGGUAACUUUUCACCUUCCUCGCCAAAGGACCAAAACAUGCUGAAAAUACUAAAUAUAUAUUUCAUCCAUAUAAGCUGUUAAAGUGUGAUUUGUGUAUGCAGAAUAUUGUGAAAUGCUGUAUUUUCCACCAGUGUGAUAAAUUAAUGAAAUUUUUAUCAUUCUACACAUUGAACAGCAGUAGGCCUAUGUUUACUGUUUUUAAUCCGAAAUGGGUUCCUGUGUCUCAUUGCUCCACUGAUUAGACCAGGGGUUUACAUACUUUUUUGUCACAUACCCCCAAAUAUGACGAUCUCCUUCCGAGAGACCUCCUUUCUAAAUUAUAAAAGGCAACUCGUGGUUUAUCAAUUUAUAAUUGAUAUAUAACUAAAAUAUUUUAUACAUUAACUUAAUAUUAAAUGAACAAUAAGUUUCUAUAAACCAUUUUUUCCUACACAGACGUAAUUUAUUGACAGUAAUAAUUUUGUGUUAUUCAUUUAUUAAUUCACUAUGAUAGUCUGACCAGUCUUAAGAAAACAGAAUGAAACAGUAAUAGUGUUGAGUUCUGUAAUCUUAUUUAUUUAAAAAAAAUUUAAUUAAUUUACCAUUUUUACACUACUUUUCCACAAACCUCCUAGCACUCCCUUGUGGCACCCUGAGGGCCCCUGGACCCCAGUUUGAAAACCCCUGGAUUAGACUAUGGCAUGGGAUCUAACAAGAUAUGUUAGUUUUUACAUAUGCUGUGCUAUCAUGGUCACCGCUGUUUACUCUUGAUACAAAUGAUCAUCUGAUAAAAGUUUUCUUUUUCUUUCACCACUCUGUCAUUUA